AUGUCUGGUAAUACUCCAAUAAUUCAAUCUAAAUCAUUUACUAAAGCUGAUUUUGAACAUGACUGUAAUGAAGAUUUUGCUGAAAAAAUUCUUGAUAGUUCUUGUCAUAGUUCAUCAGUUUCAUCUAAUAAAAGAAAACCAACAACAAAUUUUGAAAGAUAUGGUUAUGGAUUUUUAGCCAUAUUUAUUGUAUCGGCCUUAUCACUUGUUGGCUUAUUAACUUUUCCUAUUCUAUAUAAAGUGUCUUUUCAAUAUGUACUAACUCUAUUUACAGCUCUUGCUGUUGGAACACUUUUUGGUGAUUCAAUGUUUCAUUUAAUUCCUAUUGCACUUGGUCUCCAUGGUGAUCAUGGUAAACAUGAUCAUACAUCAUUUUCUGUACCUGCCUAUGUAUGGAAAAUGUUACUUAGUGUAUUAGUUUUAUAUAGUUUUUACUUAUUGGAAGUGCUUCUUCAUUCAUUUGCUCAUUAUAAACAUAAAAAUGCUAAUUCAGUUCAUUUUCAUGCUCAUGGUCAUAGUCAUAAUGUGCCUCAUCAUGGCCAUUCUCAUCCAGAUGGAGAAAUUUGUGAACAUACACCUAUUGAUAUUGAUGCUGAUUUAGAACAUGAUCAUCGUUUACAUAAUCAUUUACAUCAUAAUUUACAUCAGCAUGUAUCCAAUGAAAUAAGUGUAGCAUCAUCAUUAUCGAUUACAAAUCAAAAUUGUCAAGCUAAUACUAAUAAAAACUCAACAUGUGUACCAUGUGCAUAUUCAAGUGAUAUUCGUCCACCAACAGCUGCUUUAGUAGGACAUGAAACAAGAAGAGAUUCAAGUGAUACAGAUGAUCAAAUGCCAGUAAAUGUUGUUAUAACUGAUCCACAUGGACAAACUGAAAUAAAAAAUACCAAUCCAGUUAUUCAAGAAUUAAAAGUGAAUUCUACACUGACACCUGGCAUGGAGAACGCAAUUAAAUCAACAGGUUGGAUGGUAUUAAUUGGUGAUGGUAUUCAUAAUUUUGCUGAUGGUCUUGCCGUUGGUGCUGCAUUUAGUCAAGAUCUUAUAUUGGGAAUUACAACAACAUUAGCCAUUGCCUUUCAUGAAUUACCUCAUGAACUUGGAGAUUAUGCUGUAUUGAUACAAUCUGGUUUUUCACAUUAUCGAGCUAUUUUAUGGAAUUUUCUUUCGGCUACAACUGCUAUAAUAGGAUUUUUUAUUGGUGCAGCCUUGUCGACAGAUAAUAAUGUUCGUCAAUGGAUAUUUGCAGUUACUGUUGGCAUGUUUCUUUAUAUAGCACUUGUUGAUUUGUUACCGACUUUAUUAGCUGAUGGACAAGUUGAUUUUAAACGUUUUAUUGUUGUUAAUAUUGGAUUUUUACUUGGCAUUGGAAUUAUGUUUUUAUUAGCCUUAUUUGAAGAUAGUUUAAUUCAUUCAUCAUGA